CUGAGUGCCCCCUGGAGUGGCUUUCGGGUAAACGGGGCUUCUACCCCCGGCAGCAGCCUCGCACCUCCUCUUGAGCGCUUCUUCUCCCUUUGCGCCCUCUUGUGAGGCCAGAGCACCUGACACUGUAGACUGAGCGCUACCUGGCUCUUCCGCAGCUAUCCGUUAACUUCUCACAGCCCGACUAAUGGAGAGACAUUCAGGCUAACGAGGGAGGGGAAACGAGGGAGAGCGAGAAGGAGAAGAAAGGACGAGCAGAGAGCCCUGGGUUGUUGGCCUUGACUGGUACCAUGAGUGGCGGAAGGUUUGACUUCGAUGAUGGAGGCGCCUACUGUGGCGGCUGGGAAGGGGGGAAAGCCCAUGGCCAUGGCAUCUGCACUGGGCCCAAAGGUCAGGGCGAGUAUUCUGGGUCCUGGAACUAUGGCUUCGAAGUGGUCGGGGUCUACACCUGGCCCAGUGGCAACACCUAUGAAGGCUACUGGUCCCAAGGCAAGAGGCAUGGCUUAGGAAUUGAGACAAGAGGACGGUGGCUUUACAAAGGCGAAUGGACGCACGGCUUUAAGGGAAGGUAUGGGAUCAGGCAGAAUGUCAACAGUGGAGCAAAGUAUGAAGGCACCUGGAACAAUGGGCUGCAGGAUGGUUAUGGUACCGAGACCUACGCGGAUGGAGGUACUUAUCAGGGCCAGUUCACCAACGGCAUGCGCCAUGGCUAUGGUGUCCGGCAGAGUGUCCCAUACGGCAUAGCAGCUGUGGUCCGCAACCCACUCCGGACCUCCCUGACCUCCCUCCGUAGUGAGCACAGCAACGGCACCCUGCUGCAGCAUGACUCCCCGUCAGCUAACCAGGAGAACGUUCCCAUGACACCGACGAUCACACGGGGUGGCUUUGCCCUCAGCUUGUAUGCGGAUGCAGAGGCUGGCAAGCUGAAGAAGGGCGGGCUCUUCAGGAGGAGUUCAUUGUUUGGGAAGCUGAAGAAAUCGGACUCCAAGACCUCCUUGGCCAGCCAAAGGAGCCGGCUCAGCUUCCUUAAGAGCGAGAGCGGCAUGAGCUCCACAGGCAGUGAUGCCACCUCCACAGCCAGCCUGGGCGAAGGAGUGGAGGGAGAGGACUUUCCGCCUUUUGAUGCCGACAUCGAUGCCACCACUACAGAGUCCUACAUGGGUGAGUGGAAGAAUGACAAGCGCUCAGGGUUUGGCGUGAGUGAGAGGUCCAGUGGCCUGAAGUACGAAGGGGAAUGGCUGGAUAACGUACGGCACGGAUACGGUUGCACUACGUUGCCUGACGGUAAGAAGGAAGAGGGGAAGUACCGAAUGAAUGUCCUGAUCAAAGGCAUGAAGAAGCGCGUGAUACCUCUAAAAAGUGCCAAGAUCAGGCAAAAGGUGGACCGCAGCGUGGAAGGGGCUCAGAGAGCAGCGGCCAUUGCCAGACAGAAAUCGGAGAUAGCAGCUUCAAGGACUGCCCAUGCCAAAGCCAAGUCAGAAGGUGCUGAGCAAGCGGCACUGGCAGCUAACAACGAAUCCACUUUAGCCAGGACGAUGGCCAGGGAAUUAUCCCCAGACUUCUAUCAGCCAGGCCCUGAAUACAUGAAGAGGAGGCUGCUCCAGGAACUCAUGGAGAAUGAGGAGAAUAUAGAGAACAUGGAAGAAGAGGCACCACCUGUGGAAGAGCCUCCUCAGAAAACAUCUUCUCAAAGUCCUGAGGCUGAAGAGCAAGAGUCUACCAAACCCAAAGAAAGUCCAGCUCGAACUCCUUCACCCACUGGAACACCACCAGAGGCCAAGCGUGCUAAGCAGAGUUCCCAGAAGGAUGGUUUACAUGGCUCUGGAAGCUGGAAUGGAGAUCACACCAAGGAUGGAAGCCAUACAGGAAGCAGGCCAAACACACCUUCUAAUGCAUUUUUGGCACCAGCCGAGAAGUCGGCUGGCACCAGCAGGCCUGCUUCCCGAAGCCCCAGCCGACCUAGCCACAUGAGGAUCGCUGCUGAGCAGAUGGAGAUCAAACCUCUCCAGAGGAUAGAACCUGAAGGCGAUGUUGCAUUAUUUCAGGGCUAUCACAGUUAUGCUGUGAGGACCUCCCCAGUUACUCCCCCACUGAACUAUGAGGAAGAACCAUUCCCUGAUUCCAAAUUGCCUGCCAAACCAAGUUCCCCAGAACCAAAAGCUGAUGUGAAGGCCAUUGAACCGAAAUUGGAGCUGCAAAAGAGGGGAGGUACACCUGUCCUUCAGCACGAACCAGCUCAUGAAGAGAAAAAAGCACUCAAAGCAGAACCUAAGCAGGAGCCCAAGAAACACCCUCCUCCUGAACACAAAGUGCAAGAAAAAGUGGAGCCUGCAAUUGAAGGCAAGCCUGAGCGGAAGGCUGAAACAAAGGUGGUAGCCAAAAUCGAGCCCAAGGCUGUGCUGAAAAAAGUUCCUUCUCCAGAAGCAGCAGCAAAGGAGGUGGAAGAACAAGAAGAGGGACCUAACACAAUCAUCAUCUGCAUGGUUAUACUGUUGAACAUUGGCCUGUCCAUUUUGUUUGUGCAUUUCCUGACAUGAUGUGAAACUAAGACAAGACAUUUCUGCUGAUGAAGGCAAGAGACCUUGUCAGGGAAUAUAACAUCAUCCAUUCAGAACCGUCUAAAGAGGAAGGCUUUUAGAAGAGCCCAGUGGCUGCUCUGAGAUCAUAAACUUUCAUACAGUGUUUAUAGACUGAUGAGCUGAUUAGCCCUAACUGUAGGCUGUCUCUUAUGCCUAGCAGGAAGAACCCUUGAAUUUUACAACCCUCUCCUCAUUAUUCCUUUUGUUGUGAACAAGAAUUGCCUUAAAGGUUCAUAACUUUGGUGAACUACUGUGCUGCUGUUUGAAGAAACAAAGGAUUCAUGGAUAAUUGUGGGGUGGGGGGGAGCAAAGCACUCUCUUCCUCCAUGAAAAUAGAAGCUUUGCUGGAAGACUUACUGUUACAGAUCUCCUAAAAAACACUGUGUUUCUAAAUCAUGCAGCAGCAGUGAAUAAUGGUUAUUGCUGUGGAUUUUACUUCUCUACCCAAACUUAGAUUGUAUUGAAUCAAACAAUAGGAGAAGUCAGGUUGUUUUCCUGCUGCUAUAUAAUUCUAAAUAAUUCUAUUUAGAAGUCCAGAUUCUAAAGCAGGCAAAAAUCUUUUAUUUGAAUAAUAGAUCCCAUUCUAGGAUGUAAAUGAAUCCAUGGUGAAGUAUGUCUUCUCCUAAGCUAGCGUCUCAUGAAUUUCAGUGAAAAGGUGCUUAAAUGAGGUCUGAUUGCCAGCAACCCCCACAAGUAGGCCCCUUGCAAUAUCGCUGAGUAGUAAUUAGAUGGAGUGAAUCUUUUUUAGAGCUUAAGGAACCUGCAAACUAGAGGCUGCCUUUUUGAAUGUGUGCUACUGCAAUUCUAGUAGGUGAUGUCUGUGCUCGUUUAAUAAUGAAGCAGUGCCUUAGCAUGCCCUUUGUUGCUGGGAAUUGCCCACUCCCCAAAGUUUAGACCAGCAGUGAAAUCCACUUUGCACAUUAUUCUUUUCUUUGGGUAUUCAGAUGCACACUUGAUUUGGCAUCUGCUUAAGCCUUAAAAAUAUAAUGUGUGAAUAUGCCCUAAAUGUGCUUUUAUCCCCUUCCCCCCAUUUUUUGAACAAAGCAUGAACUUUUUGAGUCAAUUUCAAAAGCUUUCUAACAAGUGCCUUAUUUAAAACUGACUGUGAAUUUUUAUGUAUGCCGACACUCCGUAGGAAAGCAGCAGCUUGUUAUAAAUGAGAAAGUGAAAGAAAGAGACUAGAAAAUUAGUGGGGCUCUGGUUGUAGAUGCCAAGAGACAAAUGGCUUAUAAAUGUGGUGUCACAGGAAUACAGCAGGUAGAUGCAAAGGAUAGUGUGUUCAGAUUAUUUAUGAAUUGCUGGAAAUGAAUUGGGAAAGCAGGAGUGAUGAUGUUUUAUGCCUUUUACCUUUAUUUUCAUAUAAUAAUCAAACUAUAUUGUAACUUGGAGGAGUAGGGAUAUAUGGUCCCAGUUUGCCUGACACAACAACCUGCUAUGGGUAACCAAACGUUGUUAUUUUUCACUAACAAUCAAAGAAUCCAUGACUUGUUUCAGGGUUGUUGAUAUCCGUGGUGGCUUGUGGUGUCAUCCAAACCCAGCAGGGUGAAUUCAUCAUGGAUUGCCAGGAACUCCUGCCCACUGAGAGCAGGACAGCCUCUCAUACUUUGCCGUCUUGCUUGUGCUGCCUCCAUCCCCCUCUGCCAGUGACUGCCCCUCCACCAGUGCCCCAACUGCUCUUUGGAGGGACCAUCUCUAGUUCAACACCUUUUUAAAACAAUUUUUCUGAGCUCUGAGGUCACAAAUAGGGACACAAAUGGGGAAGCAAAUGGAAUCUUUAAAAUGAAAUCUCCCAGGUAUUUCAAAAGUGCACAAGAGAGCAGAUGCAUUUUGGUUGUUAAUCAUUUCUGAAAUUUGACAGCCUGAUUCCUCUCCAGACAUUAGGUGUACAGUUCACCAGUUGCUUAGCCUAAAACGAUGUGUCUGAUUUUUUUUAAGACCUAAAGUGUCCUUAUCAUGAAGCAACUCCAAUCCUUUUUAAAAGUGCUGGGAUCAUGCCCCCUCCCACUCAGAAAAAAUCCAUACUAACAUGCUGCGCUGUAGUGUUGCCUUGUUCCUUGCAAUGCAGAGUGGCCUUGUGUCCCACUUCACAGAUGACAGUCCUAUAUCUCUGUCCACUACUUGAAACCCUUCCCAGUCCCGGGCAGGUUUAGAGAUAAAGGGCUGAGAAUAGCCUGGCCACCAACAAUUAGCAUGUGGGCAGCAGGCAGGGCAGACACACCAGUUACCUGUUUUUCCCCACUGUGGUGAGAUGUAUAGUUUUCUAUUUAAAUUAUAAUAAUUAUUUCCAACUUUCUUGUGCAAUACUAAAUGAACAAAUUCAGUUUUGCACAAAUAUUAGGAUGUAUAAUCUUUGUGCAACCCUGUCCCUUCUUUUGCUCUCUCUUUUGGUAAAGUGUACCUGGCCACUCUAUUGCGAUGUGGUGAGAAAACUAGGUAGAUUUGCUUUGUGAUCUACAGAAUAUAUAGGCCAGGAUCCAGAGGGCUACUUGUGUGCACCCAAAGGCUUGUGUGCAUCCAGUGAAUUAUAUAUAUUUCUUACUUAUUUCCUUUGAACAGCUGAAACCCAUCUCAGAUCACAAACUGUGUUUAAUACUUGACACUGUCAAAUGCAUCCAAUGUGCAGUGAUUACAGUUUCAGUAAGUCCAAGCCCUGGUUUUGUGUCCAGUGUUUCAGAUUCUAACCAUAUAGGAUCUGUGUGGGUCUCUUAUGAGAAAGAGACCCCCAGGGCUUUUCUGUAGACAUUGUUAGCCUUCAGCCACUACAACAUGCAGUAAUUGCUGUGUUUACAUACAGGUAGCCACAAGCUUUGAGAAGCAACAGUAAGUAAUUUAGCAGAGCAGGUGCCACUCACAUACAGUCUGUGGUUGUGUUCCCUGUCAUCUCUGCUCCAGAAUCCUGAGAACCUCAAGGUAAUUUCCAACCCAUCUAGUUCCAAAGAUGUGUUUGAACAUGGCAGCAGAAAUAAGGUGUGCACAGACACCAAACCUCGCAUCCAGAGCUCCAUGUGAGUUAAGCUUCUGUGUGUGAGAGCUUUUCCAUUCAUUUCCAUGGAAAGGGCAUCUUUGCACAUGCAUGUCCAUUCACUCCUCCUUUACAGUGAAUGGGCAGCUCUGUCAGGUGCAGGAGCUGAACAUGCAUGUCAUAGUGCCUGCAUCCCCCAGGAACCACUGGCGCAGGGCAAUGCAUGCAAAAGCCUUGUGGGGUUAUGUUUUCUAGGGUAAGCAGGGACAGGUUUACCUCAUCUUCACGUCUCUUCAGAAAUAGGAUGUUGUUGUUACAUUUUGCAGGUCUUACAAAACUACAAAAGUAUCGCCACCACCAGCACACCUCAGUCACACGUUUUGAAGUCAAAAGUAUAUAAAAUUUUGUGUAAUGUCCAGAUGUUUCCAUCAGUUGUUCUGCUGGAUUAUGUGCAAUAAUAAAAUGUUAUUUUGCUCACAUCA